GCGCCAGGUUUGCGUCAGUUUUUCGCUCACACCAGGGAAAACACCCAGUUGGAGUGGUUUAUUUGAAAACCGCACAUUAACGUGGACAACAACGAAAAAAAACUAAAUAAAAAACGCUGAGAAUACAGAAAACUCUAAAUACGGCCGUGCUGAAAGUGUAUUGAUCGAAGCAAUGUAUAAGGGUGAUUCCAUCCCCCUCGAGCCAAACAGUGCCCGUUCGGACGAGAGUCGCGUCGCAUGAAUCGAAAUAAUUAACCGAUGAUAUGUCGUGAUUGUCGCGUAGCAUCAGAAUGUCGUCAAUAUCAGCUCAAGGUGUCGUUGAAAGAGCCUCAGCGGAACUCUCCAAACGGAUCAAUGGCUUGGGACUCAGAAGUAGUAAACAUCACUCAUCCAAAGGAAGCGUCAUGGAGCGGGUUACCAACGUUUUCUGUGGCGGAAGUAGUGCCGCGGUUACCGCUCCAGAGAAACCAUCCAGACUGCUCCCGUCCAGAGGGUAUCAGAAGAACGUUCCCGCUCCCAGUCUGCCACCGGUUCGCAAGACUAAACCCUCACCUGUUCACCUGACAUGGGAUCAGCUGAUAAUGGACGAGAAGUUUCUGAGCAGGUUCUUCUUGUACUUCAGCCCCAGCGAACGGUGCCUCCUGGCUCAGGUCUGCAUGCGGUGGAGGGACAUUUUAUAUCGGUCAACACGGUACUGGACAGGUCUGAUCCCGGUCUUGCAGUGUCGGGAAUUGAGAGGAUUCCAAGUGAACGAACGGGCCAGAUUGUACAAUUCCUUACUGAGGAGAGGCUUCCACAGUUUGUGUCUAAUGGGGGCCACAAACGAGGACGCCCUGGAUCUCAUCAACACAUUCCCAUUGGCUUCGAAGCAUGUACAUACACUGAAGCUGCGAUGCUCUAGUAUAGGCGACCAAGGUCUGGAGUCUUUGAUGGAUCAUCUUCAGG